AUGCCUGUGGACUGCGCGACCUUGGGGCUAUUCAUCCUCGACACGUUCGAAUGGAGGACUAUCGGAAGUGAUGGGGAGGUCAAGUCGACGAAGCGGGAAGAGGGCGUGCUGGGCGGCGGUGGACUGUAUGCCAUGAUCGGAUCUCGUGUCUGGCUGCCGGCGAAUCGAGUCGGGAUCCUCGUUGACCGUGGCAACGACUGGCCCAAGGAAAUCGAGGAGGAACUCGUAAAGUACGGCGAGGGGAUGUGGGUGUUUCGGGACAAGCCUGACGAGCCGACGACGAGGGCAUUGAACCUUUACACGGGCGAGCACCGAGACUUCAAGUACCUCACGGCUCGGAAGCGCCUCGAACCUAAAGACUUGCCUCCUCGCCUGCGCACUUCUCGCUAUCUGCACUUCGUCUGCUCCCCUAGCCGCGCCCUCACCAUCCGCUCUCAGCUACAACCGCCCCUCAACCCAGCGCCCGACUGGCAACCCCAGCUCGUCUACGAACCGAUCCCAGACCGCUGCGUCCCCGAAGAACUGCCUUCGCUACGACAGAUCCUGCCGCACAUUCACGUCUUCUCACCAAAUCACGAGGAGGCCUGGUCGUUCUUUGGCGUCGGACCAGAAGAAGUUGCUCGGAGAGGGAAGGAAGGGAUCGAGGAGGUUGCACGGCGAUUCUUCGACGAGGGAGCCGCAUCAAUCGUCGUAAUCCGCAGCGGAGCGCUGGGUGCGUACGCUCUGCGCAGGGGAGAAGAGCGAGGGGUAUGGGUACCGGCAUAUCACGCGUAUCAGCCUGGAGGAAGUGGCCCAAAGGUCGUUGACGUGACAGGAGCGGGAAACAGCUUCUUGGGUGGGCUGAUGGCGGGUCUUGUGCUGCAUCCAGACGAUCUCGUCACGGCAGUGCAGUGCGCGUCGGUUUCGGCCUCGUUCGUCAUCGAGCAGUUCGGUCUCCCUUCCGUUGAGCGGGGAGAGGACGGCAUCGAGCGGUGGAAUGGUGUGAACUCGAACGAGCGGCUCGCGGAGAUGCGGAGAAGAGAGUAG